AUGAGAGCUGUGCUCUCGCUGCUCACUCUGCUCUGCUCUGCUCCAGGUGCCGCAGAGCCUGCUCACUGGGCAGAUCAACAUCCGUACUGCGGGGGAAGGAGACAGUCGCCGAUUAACGUUGUUACCAGGAAAGCUCAGUACGACAGCAGCCUGGAGCCCUUCACCUUUGAAGGGUACGAUCAGACUCACAGUGUGACGGCUGAGAAUCUAGGUCACUCGGUGCACUUUGCUCUCUCCUCGUCAGUGAGGACUCAGGGAGGGCACAUGCCAGACUGGUACAAAGCCGUCAACUUUCACCUGCACUGGGGCUGGGAGGCCGGACCGGGGUCAGAGCACACCAUCGACGGGGAGCAGUUCCCCAUGGAGGUACGAGCCUUCGACGGUUCGGUUAUAUGCAUAUCUGAAACACUUUUAUCACUGCAGGAAUCUUCACAGGACAAUCCUUAUUACAAGGUCUUGAUUGAUGCCCUAGAUGAAGUCAAGCAUGCAGGUAACAGGACGAUCAUCACAGCCCUGCAGCUCGUCAGCAUUCUUCCCAAACCCCAGGACCUGCGCAAGUAUUACUACUAUUCUGGAUCGGUGACUGUGCCAGACUGUGAUGAAGCUGUGGUCUGGGCUGUGUUUGAGACACCCAUUCGGAUCAGCAGGGAGCAGCUCACGGCGUUUUCCCAGAAGCUGCUGUUUCGGACCGAGAAGCCGAUGAAGAUGACAUUCCGCCCCACCCAGCCUCUGAACGGCCGUGUGGUUCUCCGGUCGAGCGCCGGCCUCCUGAGCUUCAGCCUGGCGACUCUCUCCCUCGCCGUGGUCUGGACGUCGCCUGGCCUCCGGCUCUUCCUGUAGGAGUGUCUCCCCUGCUACCCAGUAGGCUGGGAUUUGGGAAGCCCUGACUUUGGGAAAGCAGUGGUGGUUUAAAAACCCAGGUAGGCAGCCUUGUAGUUCUCCUCCCUGCCCAUCCUAGACCCUGCCAGCACUGGAAUUACUUUAAAUUUAAAGUUAAAGUUAAAAAGGAAUUAACUGGGACUGAAAUUUCCACUCUCCUGGAAUCCUGGAAUAGUCUGCUCUACACCUGAUAUUACAACAUAGUGUUUUCCCCCCCUAUUUAUGUUGGUUGUGCGCCUCCUUGGAAUUCCGUGUUUUCCUUGGAAAAAUUCCCUGGAAUAAAAUGUGAGUGGUUGACUCUGCUGGAGAUUUUAGUGUUCACUGCCACACCCGAGGACACGGUAAGCUCUUCACAAGCCUGUGCACAAGCAUCCUGCCCGUAAAAAUCAGUAUCAGGCACUGUUGACUAAACUAUCUGCCAUUGAAUACACAGCUGUAUUCUGCCGAGUCCAUGUUCCGGUUAAGUACAUUUUCAAUUUAGGGAUCCAUACCCUAUUCUAUGGGGAUGUGAAUAAUUUAUCAAUAAAUGCAAAGAAAUCAAAUAAGUUGGUAAUUACUAGGUCUUUAACAAGGCAAUGGAGUACGAUGCUACUGUAACAGCUCUAUAUCGUGUACAAUAGGAUAGCAACAGUCAUGUUUAGAGACUGCAAAAUAGUAAAGUAAAUCAUUAAUAAACAAUGAUUGAGGUUUACAACUGAAGCAUUUGCAUUCAGGUUUCAAAACCUAAGGCAUGGUGAUUACUUUCUGGGCUGU